GACCUAGACAGACAACCUAAUGGCCGGAGAACCUGAGGCCCUCUGAAGAAUCGUUGAGAUUCUGUUACCUGGUCGGAAACUCUAUGGUCCCGAGCGCAGGCCAGAGAGGCCACAUUGCUACUGGCUCCGCCCCCAGCUCCCCGGCUGCCCGCCUCGCAGUGCCGAACCCGGCGCCUCUUCAGUGGACGAAGCUCAGCCCCCGAAGAGCUUCUCAGAGAAAGCGUGCACACUCGUGUACUGAAUGGCCCUUUCAAACAUACGUCCCUUCAGUUCUUAUUUGGGAAUGAAUAGGAGUUUUCGUGUCAGCGUCUUGUAUGAGCAGGAAGAUUUGUGAGUGAAAGUUAUGCCAUUUCAUGAGGAGAUAAUAGACUAAUAUUUCCACUUCUCCCUCUGAUGGUGGAACCCCAGGGUGAAAAUGGCCGAUUUCAGCGUGUCUUUUUCAGCCUUCUGCUGUUGACCCUCGAAGCCCUUGGCAACUGGCAGGAGGUAGCAAAGGGACCAGUGGACCCUGUUGAGUGACAGAGAUUGGGCCUUUGGGCUCCGCGUGAUGUCUGUCAGCCCCAGACUGAACAGCUUCCUUGGCUGUUGUGGUAUUUGCUAUGUCUCCUGAAGUUCUGGGCGAAGCAGAGAAGACGACGGUGCACCAAAAGCUUAUGGGACACCAUGCUCUGGCCUCCAGGUGGUGGAGGGCUGCUCUCUGUUCUCAAGAGACUGGCUAAGCAAGUCUACUGGCUUGAAAAGACAUCUGCAGGACCUAGAGAAGUUAAUGACCAGCCACAGCGUCCCUGCUGUGAGCUGCAGCCACUUCCUUCCCAGGCUUCAGGAGCCACCCGCGGGCUGCUGUGGUGCUGGCUGAGGUAACAUGGCUUAUUGGCCUCAGCUGAGAUUGCUGCUGUGGAAGAACCUCACUUUCAGAAGAAGACAAACAUGUCAGCUGUUUCUGGAAGUGGCCUGGCCUCUAUUCAUUUUCCUGAUCCUGAUCUCUGUGCGGCUGAGCUACCCACCCUACGAACAACAUGAAUGCCACUUUCCAAACAAAGCCAUGCCCUCUGCAGGAACACUUCCUUGGGUUCAGGGGAUUAUCUGUAAUGCCAAUAACCCCUGUUUCCGUUAUCCAACUCCUGGUGAGGCUCCGGGAGUUGUUGGAAACUUUAACAAGUCCAUUGUAUCUCGCCUGUUCUCAGACGCUCGGCGGCUUCUCUUGUACAGCCACAGAGACACCAGCAUGAAGGACAUACGCAAAGUUUUGAAGACGUUAUACCAGAUCGAGCGUUCCAGCUCACGCUUGAAACUUCAGGACUUCCUGGUAGACAAUGAAACCUUCUCUGAAUUCCUGCAUCUCAACCUCUCUCUGCCAAGGCCAACUGUGGACAAGAUGCUGGGGGCUGAUGUCAGUCUCCGCAAGGUAUUUUUGCAAGGCUACCAGUUACAUUUGACCAAUCUCUGCAACGGAUCAAAAUUGGGAGAGGUGAUUCGACUUGGUGACCAAGAAGUCUCCAGGCUUUGCAGCCUGCCGAGGGAGAAAUUGAACAUGGCAGAGCAGGUGCUUCGUUCCAACCUGGAUAUCCUGAAGCCAAUCCUGACAAAACUAAACUCUACAUCUCUCUUCCCGAGUGAGGAGCUGGCUGAAGCCACAAAAGCUUUGCUGGAUAGUCUUGGGAAUCUGGCCCAAGAGCUAUUCAGCAUGAGGAGCUGGAGUGACAUGCGGCAGGAGGUGUUGUUUCUGACCAACAUGAACAACUCUGGCUCCUCCACCCAGAUCUACCAGGCUGUGUCCCGCAUCAUCUGCGGCCAUCCCGAGGGCGGGGGCCUGAAGAUCAAGUCCCUGAACUGGUACGAGGACAACAACUACAAAGCCCUCUUCGGGGGCAACGGCACGGAAGACGACGCCGGCACCUUCUACGACAACUCUUCAUCUCCUUAUUGCAAUGAUUUGAUGAAGAAUCUGGAGUCCAGUCCUCUUUCCCGCAUCAUAUGGAAAGCUCUCAAGCCCCUGCUUGUUGGAAAGAUCCUGUAUACACCUGACACUCCGGUCACAAGGCAGCUUAUGACUGAGGUGAAUAAGACCUUCCAGGAACUGGCUGUGUUUCAUGAUCUAGAAGGCAUGUGGCAAGAGCUCAGCCCCAAGAUCUGGACCUUUAUGGAGAGCAGCUCAGAAAUGGACCUUGUCCGGACACUGUUGGACAGCAGAGGCAAUGAUGACUUUUGGGAACAGCGAUUGGAAGGCUUAGACUGGAAGGCCAAAGAUAUCGUGGCAUUUCUGGCCAAACACCCAGAGGAUGUGCAGUCCACCAAUGGCUCCGUGUACACCUGGAGAGAAGCCUUCAAUGAGACCAACCAGGCAAUCCAGACCAUCUCUCGUUUCAUGGAGUGUGUCAACCUGAACAAGCUAGAACCAGUAGCGACAGAGGUUCUGCUCAUCAACAAGUCCAUGGAACUCUUGGAUGAGCGCAAGUUCUGGGCUGGCGUCGUGUUCACUGGAAUCGCUCCCGGCAGUGUCGAGUUACCACAUCAUGUCAAGUACAAGAUCCGGAUGGACAUCGACAAUGUGGAGAGGACGAAUAAGAUCAAGGACGGGUACUGGGACCCUGGUCCUCGGGCUGACCCCUUUGAAGAUAUGCGGUAUGUCUGGGGAGGCUUCGCUUACUUGCAGGAUGUGGUGGAGCAGGCAAUCAUCAGGGUGCUGACGGGCACAGAGAAGAAAACUGGCGUGUACAUGCAGCAGAUGCCUUACCCCUGUUAUGUUGAUGACAUCUUCCUGCGGGUCAUGAGCCGGUCCAUGCCUCUCUUCAUGACGCUGGCCUGGAUCUACUCAGUGGCUGUGAUCAUCAAGGGCAUUGUGUACGAGAAGGAGGCGCGGCUGAAGGAGACCAUGCGCAUCAUGGGCCUGGACAACGGUAUCCUCUGGUUCAGCUGGUUCAUCAGUAGCCUCAUCCCUCUGCUUGUGAGCGCCGGCCUACUGGUGGUCAUCCUGAAAUUAGGAAACCUGCUACCCUACAGCGACCCCAGCGUGGUGUUUGUCUUUCUGUGUGUGUUCGCCACGGUGACCAUCCUGCAGUGCUUCCUGAUUAGCACGCUCUUCUCCAGAGCCAACCUGGCGGCCGCCUGUGGGGGCAUCAUUUACUUCAUGCUAUACCUGCCGUAUGUCCUGUGCGUGGCGUGGCAAGACUACGUGGGCUUUACCCUCAAGAUCUUCAUGAGCCUGAUGUCUCCUGUGGCUUUUGGGUUCGGCUGUGAGUACUUCGCCCUUUUCGAGGAGCAGGGCAUUGGGGUACAGUGGGACAACCUCUUUGAGAGCCCCACAAAGGAGGAUGGCUUCAACCUCACCACCUCCGUCUCCAUGAUGUUGUUUGACACCUUCCUCUAUGGGGUGAUGACGUGGUACAUCGAGGCUGUGUUUCCAGGCCAGUAUGGAAUCCCCAGGCCCUGGUAUUUUCCUUGUACUAAGUCCUACUGGUUCGGCGAGGAAAGUGAUGAGAAGAGCCACCCUGGUUCCAACCAGAAGGGAGCAUCAGAAAUCUGCAUGGAGGAGGAACCCACCCAUCUGAAACUAGGUGUGUCCAUUCAGAACCUGAUGAAGGUUUACCGAGAUGGCAUGAAGGUGGCUGUUGAUGGCCUGGCCUUGAAUUUCUACGAGGGGCAGAUCACCUCCUUCCUGGGCCACAAUGGAGCUGGCAAGACCACCACCAUGUCCAUCCUGACUGGGUUGUUCCCUCCCACCUCGGGCACUGCCUACAUCCUAGGGAAAGACAUCCGCUCCGAGAUGAGCACCAUCCGGCAGAACCUGGGGGUCUGUCCCCAGCAUAAUGUGCUGUUCGACAUGCUGACUGUCGAGGAGCACAUUUGGUUCUACGCCCGCCUGAAAGGGCUCUCCGAGAAGCACGUGAAAGCUGAGAUGGAGCAGAUGGCCUUGGAUGUUGGUUUGCCGCCAAGCAAACUGAAAAGCAAAACAAGUCAGCUGUCAGGUGGAAUGCAGAGAAAGCUGUCUGUGGCCUUGGCCUUUGUUGGGGGAUCCAAGGUUGUCAUUCUGGAUGAGCCCACAGCUGGUGUGGACCCUUACUCCCGCAGGGGGAUAUGGGAGCUGCUGCUGAAAUACCGACAAGGCCGCACCAUCAUCCUUUCCACGCACCACAUGGAUGAGGCGGACAUCCUGGGGGACAGGAUCGCCAUCAUUUCCCACGGGAAGCUCUGCUGCGUGGGCUCCUCCCUGUUCCUAAAGAACCAGCUGGGGACAGGCUACUACCUGACCCUGGUCAAGAAGGACGUGGAGUCUUCCCUCAGCUCAUGCAGAAAUAGCAGUAGCACUGUGUCGUACCUGAAAAAGGUGGUGUCUGAGCUUCCCCAAGCUGGGCAGAGUGGAGGCACAGGAGGAGAGGUGCAGAGGCUGGUGGCGCUGACUCAAGAUGUCUCCGCGAUCUCCAACCUCAUCAGGAAGCACGUGGCCGAGGCCCGGCUGGUGGAAGACAUCGGGCAUGAGCUGACCUAUGUGCUGCCCUAUGAGGCAGCCAGAGAGGGAGCCUUUGUGGAACUCUUCCACGAAAUUGACGACCGGCUCUCAGACCUAGGCAUCUCCAGUUACGGCAUCUCAGAGACUACUCUGGAAGAAAUAUUUCUCAAAGUGGCUGAAGAGAGUGGAGUGGAUGCCGAGACCUCAGAUGGCACCUUACCAGCAAGACGAAACAGACGAGUCUUUGGGGACAAGCAGAGCUGUCUUCGCCCUUUUACUGAAGACGAUGCUAUGGAUCCAAAUGAUUCCGACAUAGAUCCAGAAUCCAGAGAAACAGACCUGCUCAGUGGGAUGGACGGUAAAGGUUCCUACCAGGUGAAGGGCUGGAAGCUCACACAGCAGCAGUUUGUGGCCCUUUUGUGGAAGAGACUGCUGAUUGCCAGACGGAGUCGGAAGGGAUUCUUUGCUCAGAUUGUCCUGCCAGCUGUGUUUGUCUGCAUCGCCCUGGUGUUCAGCUUGAUUGUGCCGCCCUUUGGCAAGUACCCCAGCCUGGAACUUCAGCCCUGGAUGUACAAUGAACAGUACACGUUUGUCAGUAAUGAUGCACCUGAGGAUGUGAGCACCCAGGAGCUCUUAAAUGCUCUCACCGGAACGCCUGGCUUUGGGACCCGAUGUAUGGAAGGAAACCCGAUCCCAGAAAGGCCCUGCUUGGUGGGAGAGGAGAAGUGGGCCACCGCCCCAGUCCCCCAGACCAUCACGGACCUCUUCCGAAAUGGAAACUGGACGAUGGAGAACCCCUCGCCCACCUGCCAGUGCAGCAGCGACAAAAUCAAGAAGAUGCUGCCUGUGUGCCCCCUGGGGGCAGGGGGGCUGCCUCCUCCUCAAAGAAAACAGAAUACUGCCGACAUCCUUCAGAACCUCACAGGAAGAAACAUUUCGGAUUAUCUGGUGAAGACAUACGUGCAGAUCAUAGCCAAAAGCUUAAAGAACAAGAUCUGGGUGAAUGAGUUUAGGUACGGUGGAUUUUCCCUGGGUGCCAGUAAUUCUCAGUCACUUCCUCCGAGUGAGGAAGUUAAUGAUGCCAUCAAGCAAAUGAAGAAACACUUGAAGGUGGUCAAGGACAGUUCUGCAGACCGAUUUCUCAGCAGCUUGGGAAGGUUCAUGACAGGACUGGACACGAAAAAUAACGUCAAGGUGUGGUUCAACAACAAGGGCUGGCACGCCAUUAGCUCUUUCUUGAAUGUCAUCAACAAUGCCAUUCUCCGGGCCAAUCUGCAGAAGGGAGCAAACCCCAGCCAGUAUGGGAUUACUGCUUUCAAUCACCCACUGAACCUCACCAAGCAGCAGCUCUCAGAAGUGGCUCUGAUGACCACAUCAGUGGACGUCCUUGUGUCUAUCUGUGUCAUCUUUGCGAUGUCCUUCGUCCCGGCCAGCUUUGUCGUGUUCCUGAUCCAGGAGCGCGUCAGCAAAGCAAAGCACCUGCAGUUCAUCAGUGGAGUGAAGCCUGUCAUCUACUGGCUCUCCAAUUUUGUCUGGGACAUGUGCAACUACGUGGUUCCUGCCACGCUGGUCAUUAUCAUCUUCAUAUGCUUCCAGCAGAAGUCCUAUGUGUCCUCUACCAACCUGCCUGUGCUUGCUCUUCUGCUUCUGCUGUAUGGGUGGUCCAUCACGCCUCUCAUGUACCCAGCCUCCUUCGUGUUCAAGAUCCCCAGCACGGCCUACGUGGUCCUCACCAGCGUGAACCUCUUCAUCGGCAUCAAUGGCAGUGUGGCCACGUUUGUGCUGGAGCUCUUCACCAACAAUAAGCUGAAUAACAUCAAUGAUAUCCUGAAGUCAGUGUUCUUGAUCUUCCCACAUUUUUGCCUGGGACGGGGGCUCAUUGACAUGGUGAAAAACCAGGCGAUGGCUGAUGCCUUGGAAAGGUUUGGGGAGAAUCGCUUUGUCUCACCACUGUCUUGGGACUUAGUGGGACGAAAUCUCUUUGCCAUGGCCGUGGAAGGGGUGGUGUUCUUCCUCAUCACUGUGCUGAUCCAGUACCGAUUCUUCAUCAGGCCCAGACCUGUAAAGGCAAAGCUUCCUCCUCUGAAUGAUGAGGAUGAAGAUGUGAGGCGGGAAAGACAGAGAAUUCUUGAUGGUGGAGGACAGAAUGACAUCUUGGAAAUCAAAGAGUUGACUAAGGUAUACAGAAGAAAGAGGAAACCUGCUGUUGACAGGAUUUGCGUUGGCAUUCCUCCCGGUGAGUGCUUUGGACUUCUGGGUGUUAAUGGAGCUGGGAAAUCAUCAACUUUUAAGAUGUUAACGGGAGAUACCACUGUUACCAAGGGAGAUGCUUUCCUUAAUAAAAAUAGUAUCUUAUCAGACAUCCAUGAAGUGCAUCAGAACAUGGGCUAUUGCCCUCAGUUUGAUGCCAUUACAGAGCUGCUGACUGGAAGAGAACAUGUGGAAUUCUUUGCCCUUUUGAGAGGAGUCCCGGAGAAAGAAGUAGGCAAGGUUGGCGAGUGGGCGAUUCGGAAACUGGGCCUUGUGAAGUAUGGAGAAAAAUAUGCUGGGAACUACAGUGGAGGCAAUAAACGCAAGCUCUCAACAGCCAUGGCUUUGAUUGGUGGGCCUCCAGUGGUGUUUCUGGAUGAACCAACCACAGGCAUGGACCCCAAAGCCCGGCGCUUCCUGUGGAAUUGUGCCCUAAGUAUCAUCAAGGAAGGGCGAUCAGUAGUGCUCACCUCUCACAGUAUGGAAGAAUGUGAAGCUCUUUGCACUAGGAUGGCAAUUAUGGUCAAUGGGCGGUUCAGGUGUCUUGGCAGUGUUCAACAUCUGAAAAAUAGGUUUGGAGAUGGUUAUACAAUAGUCGUACGAAUAGCAGGGUCGAACCCUGACCUGAAGCCUGUACAGGAGUUCUUUGAACUCGCCUUUCCAGGAAGCGUCUUGAAGGAGAAGCACCGGAACAUGUUGCAGUACCAGCUUCCGUCUUCACUGUCUUCCCUGGCCAGGAUUUUCAGCAUCCUUUCCCAGAGCAAAAAGCGACUCCACAUAGAAGACUACUCUGUCUCUCAGACAACACUUGACCAAGUAUUUGUAAACUUUGCCAAGGACCAAAGUGAUGAUGACCACUUAAAGGACCUGUCAUUACACAAAAACCAGACGGUAGUGGAUGUUGCAGUCCUCACAUCUUUCCUGCAGGAUGAGAAAGUCAAAGAAAGUUAUGUAUGAAGAAUCUUGUCCAUAUAGGGUGACUGGAAGAAAGGAGGAACUAGACCUUCCUUUGCACCAUGUAAAGUGUUCCAAAGGAAAGGGCUAGAAGAUUUUGUGGGAAGAAGUAAACUGGAUACUGUACUGAUACUAUUCAAUGCAAUGCAAUUCAAUGCAAUGAAAACAAAAUUCCAUUACAAGGGCAGUGCCUUUGUAGCCUAUGUCUCAUAUGGCUCUCAAGUGAAAAAGACUUGAAUUUAGUUUAUUACCUUAUACUCAUGUGAAACUCUAGUAUGGAACCCAGUGGACAUAUGAGUUUGACAUACUUUUUUUUUGUUCCUUUGUAUUCUUACUGGGGUUGCAACAACAAUUCAUCAAGUAAUCAUGGCCAGUGAUUAUUUUUCAAAAUCAAAAGGCAUGCAUAUGCUCGUUCAUUACGCCGUGCCAUGCCAAGAGACUGGCUUCCCGGUGACAUAGCCGCUGCUGGCAAUGAGUGUGCCAGAAUUACUAGUGCCAAGUUUCUCAGAAAGCCUGAAGCACCAUGGUAUGCCUUGCACACUUUGUGAUGUAUCAGUUAAUGAAAUGGUGCCACAUGUGGGGAAAGUCCUGCUUUGAUUCCCUCUUUGAGCUGCUCUGGUGAUGGUGACAUGCAAACUGCACGGUGACAUGCAAAAGCAAAACUUGGUUUCAUUGUUGUCCCUUGCUUGGAACCAUGAGUCUCCAAGAUUAUCUUUCUGGGACUCUUAAGUGUACUUAGAUCCGGGUAAGAAGCAAAGAAUCAGCAACCACACUGUUGGGGCUGCAAGCUGGGAGGCCAUGGCAUGUGAUGAAAGAGAUGAUGUACUUGGAAUCAAGGGAGGUCUGUGUCCAUUUGUCCUGCUUGUCUACUAACACGGUACAGUGCAUCUCAAGAUCUUGUUGUUUGACACAAACAUAGUAUUAUUUCUGGCUUUUUGAAUUAAUCUAGAAUAUGAAAAGAUGGAGUUGUAUUUUGAGAACAAUCUUUGUACUUUUAAUGUUAUUUGGAAUUGUAAGUUCUAUUAGUGACUUCUGAAAACUUAGAGUGGUCUCUUUGUAGAACCCUGUGGCACAGAGGAGUAUGGCCACACUGGCUCGCUAGCUUUAAUUUUUCACGUAUGUUUGCAAGUGGAUUAUCUGACUAAUGCCUAGUGACUUGAAAACAGUAUGAUGGCCAAGAUCUCAUGACGACAUUAUAUUUAAGUAUCUUUAAGAUCGUUAAGCAUACUUUUAGUAUCAGCGCAUUAGUCAAGUAUUCUUUGAGUGUAAUUUAUAACUGAGUGAGUAUGGAUGGAUGGCGUGGGGAGAAAUUAAGUUUCAGUAGAUUUCCUGUGCCAUGUUCAUCAGAUAACUGGUUUACAAAUACAGGUUUUGUUGUGGUUGUGGGAACCCACUGAAAGAAUAUUGGGCAGCCCACUUUUUAAAAAUAGCAACAAUGCAAAAGGCAAGAAAGUUUAUGUCGAAGGGUCACACGAUUAGUUUCAAAAUUUGUUGAAUAACAUAAAACUUGUGCUUAUGGCAUUUAGUACCUUUGAAUAUUGGCUUUGAAAAUCUCAGAUACCCCAUUCUGACAAUCUCAAAUUUUUUAUCUCUUCAGUCACUAUCAUGGGAAAAAAACAGCAAAUGCCCCCACAUGAAAAAUUAUUUCAGACUUUUCCAAGUCAGUUUAAUUGAUUUUAGUCAGUAAACACUUGUUAAAGAUAAUGUUAUCUGUCUUGAGACAACAAAAUUAUGAGAGAAAUACUGUUUGAAGUUAAAGUGAUCUUUUAGUAUCAUUACUAAUGUCUCUUCCUUUUAAAAAAUUAGGUAUUAAUUCUAAAAGUACAAGAUUUCAGAUCUAUUCCAAAUAUACAUUUUUUUCUUUUAAAAUUUACUGCAUGUUAUCAUGCAACUUGUUGCUUGGAGAAAGAAAAUGACCUUUAGAGAUUAUUGCCAAUAUUUUCUAAAAUGAUAAACGAAUAAUAAAGACAAUUUCCCAAUAAUUAUUGGCCUAAACUCAUAUUUUAUGCUAUCUUCAAUGAUAUAAAAUUCAUGGAAUGAUGUUUCUCCUUGUUUAGUAUUUUCCAAAAUCAAGCUUCUGCUAGAUUCCCCAUUUCAGCAGAAUCAUGUCCUAAAUCUGUAUUGUAUUAAAACCAUGAGCAGCUCCUUUUUUUUGAUUAUUCUACUUCAAGGCCGUAUUUAAAAAAAUCAAAGGAUACUGUGAACUACUUUGAAAAAUGCAACAUUUCAGUAUAGAUUUAAAGGCUAUCUUAAGCUGGAAACAAUCUACAGCUACUCAUCUACUGCAUUAGUACGGUUAUUAGAUAUCCAAAUUGCAGUCUUUAAAAUUUUUCUGGGUAAGCCUAAUUAUACUAGAGAUUUUUACCAACUCUCUUCUCAAUCAAGUAAAAUUUCUAUAUCAUCCCUGUGGAAAUGUAACCAUGUGAGUUUAACAAAAAAAAAUUUUUUUUAAGUGUUCAGAGAUUUCUGCUUCUUCUUUUGGAUACCUGAAGCCUUAUUAACUGUGAAUAUGAAAAAAUACAAAAGAAAACAAUAACAAAGCCCUCUAUACACAAAUACCCAGCAUAGGUCAUUGUUUAAAAACCAAUAACCAAACCUCAAACUACUGUAUUUCAAUACCUGUAAUGAAGGCAUAUGCAUUGUGACUAUUAAAUGUUGCACAGCAUUCACUGUAUAGUAAUCAUUGACUAAAGGGAUCUGUUUUCUUCUUGUGGUUGUAUAUAUCAGGUAAAAUUUUUUUCCAAAGAGCCAUGUGUCAUAUUAUAUUGAACCACUUUGACACUGAGAUAUUAAUUUCUACUCUUGUUACCAUUUACUAGUAAUAUAGUAUUAUAGAAAUAUUGUUCUAAUCCUCCUCAGAAUUGUUGCAUCCCUUUUUAUAGAAUGUUUAUACUUCUGUAAGUUUUAAGAAUUCUGUUCUCCCUUCUUAUACCCUAGGAUGAAACCAUGUUUUUGUGCUUUGUCUUUAUCAUUGACCCUUCAUUCCAAGCACUUUAUGCUGUCUGUGAUGGGAUCUAUUUUUGCACUGGAAUAUCUGAGAAUUGCAAAACUAGACAAAAGUUUCACAAUAGAUUUCUAAGUUAAAUCAUUUUCAUUAAAAGAAAAAAAAGAAAAAAAAUUUUUGUAUUGUCAAUAACUUUAUAGAAAGUAUUAAAAAAGGCAUAUUUCUAUGUUGUUAUAAGUCACGAAAUAAACCUGUGAUGGUUC